CGCGCGAGACAAUGUGUUCGACUUUUAUUCUUCCUCCAAGAAGAAACAACUGCAACAAAAGCAGUAGUACCAUCGCCUACUCGAAGUCGCAACACGAGGCGCCGAAGCAACUGCUUCAACUCCGAUCUGAAAUCAAGCCGCUGAUUCCGCUCAAUCAACCUUCCAAUUUUUGGGAAUCCAGUCAAGAUAGCGGAGUUCUCUCCAGCUUGUCAUCUUCUCCCCAACAACGUUCGGGCCUGAGAAGUCAAAAAUUGCAUUUGACGUAUAUAGAGAAGAACAAGAGAGUUCGUGCAAUGAUUCCACAACAACAGCAUUAUCAUGCAUUUGAUCGCCCGACACACUACAAUUCUCGAAAAACGUCUGGCCCACCACCACUGAUGAGAACACCAUCUUCCGGAUUUUCGUCGGCUUCUUCGUCGGAGAACAUGUUUUCUGGAUUGACAUUGUCAGACAAUGAGAACAAAAUCCACGAAAUCAUGGAUCCAUCAGUUGACGUGGAUCUUGACAUGUUUCUUUUGCCUGAUUGUCGAUACAAGCAACCAGUGCAACCAUCAACCAGCACAUCCCGUAACAAUGUGAGCCAGAUCAGCGGGUCGAGUCGUCUAAAUGGAUCCACGAGACAUGUCGCACCAAUUGUUCCAAAAGUUGCAAUGCCGUCGGAGUUAUCAUAUGCCAACGUGAAGCGUUCAAGUGGAUAUGUGGAUUAUAUGCCAACAACUUACAAUUCCAACGUGACGUCCAAUUCGUCUGCAGCAUCGGUUCCAAUGUCUCCGGGCACAUGGGUUCGGUGUCACUAUUGCUGGGAGUCGUAUGUGAAACUGUGCCAACGAGUUGCAAAUCUCGAACCACUCAUCUCAUGUGAUGGCCCAUGGAAUUGGCAUACACUUUAUGAUAUGCAAGGACGAGUCACAUGUCCCCGACUGUGGUUUGCUCAACUCGAUCGUGCCGGUUCAGAAAUGGUCGAACAAAUGGGACACGCUCGAAAUGUUCCAGUCUAAGCAAUAAAAUUGGUUUAAAUAUCAAUUAAUUUAUAUUUUACCACCCCCUUCAAAUGUUCUUCUUGUUUUACACUAUCAUCCAAAAAAAUGCGGUUCUCUUCUUGAUUCUUUUGUUGACGAAUACGGGCAUUCCGUGUGAGCGUUUUUCUUUUUUAUAUUAAUUCUUUCUGAUCCUUAUUAGCUCCUGCCACACACACCAUUUUAUGUUUAACUUACAUAUUACCACCAUCCCUGUUUUUUGAUCCCCUUCCCUUUUUUAAUAAAACAUAAUCAACUGUGCGAAUUAUGUGAAUUUCAAAUCCCAUCCAAUCUUUCGCUGUAUAUCCAUGUGCUCUUUUGUCUCUGGUGGGAUCUUGCCCGAUAAAAUAAAGAUGUCAAAUAUUU